UUUCCUGGUCUCCACCGACCAGUGCCUUCCUCCUUCCUCAAGGCACCUAUAUGACCGGUGGAGGCCGGUCCUGCUCAGGUGGCCCAAGGAGUUGCUGGAUUAACCCACAAGGCGAGAGAGCUGCAGGGUUGCUGCUGCUUUGAGAGCCCCAGGCAGCACUCGAAAAGGUUUGUGGAUGGCUCCUAGAAGAUCUUGAUUCUCUCCGGAGGAUACAUCGUUUUCCUGGGUCGGUUUCCUGUCACACUGCCCUGCCCCCUCCCAGUCAACCAUGAACCAGCUGGACCCUGCUGAGGACCCAGAUGCCAUCCCUGGCCCCCCGUGUGUGGUGUGCGGCCAAGCCCACGCCCUUGAGGAAAACCACUCCUACACCUACACGGAAGAAGUGGAUGAUGACCUCAUUUGUCACAUCUGCCUGCAAGCUCUGCUGGACCCUCUGGACACUCCCUGCGGACACACCUACUGCACACUCUGCCUCACCAGCUUCCUGGUGGAGAAGGACUUCUGCCCUGUGGAUCGCAAGCCUGUGACCCUGCAGCACUGCAAGAAAUCGAGCAUCCUGGUCAACAAGCUCCUCAACAAGCUGCUGGUGACCUGCCCGUUCACAGAGCACUGCGCGCAGGUCCUGCAGCGAUGCGACCUUGACCAUCACUUUCAAAUGAGCUGCAAAGGUGCCUCCCACUACGGCCUCACCAAAGACAGGAAGAGGCACUCUCAGGAUGGCUGUCCAGACGGCUGUGCCAGCCUCACGGCAACAGCACUCUCCCUAGAGGUUUCUGCAGCUGCCACCAUCUCCUUAAUGACAGACGAGCCUGGCCUAGACAACCCUGCCUACGUGUCCACAGCAGAGGACGGUCAGCCAAACAGCCCCCUGGACUCCGGCCGGAGCAACCGAACAAGGGCACGGCCCUUUGAGCGAUCCACUAUCAGAAGCAGAUCUUUUAAAAAAAUAAACCGAGCCUUGAGUGUUCUUCGAAGGACAAAGUGUGGAGGUACAGCUGUCAACCAAGCUGAGCAGGGCAGAGCGAAUUCUGAAAACACCACUGCCCCUGACGUCUUUCCAAGGUUGUAUCACCUGAUUCCAUAUGGUGAAAUUACCAGAGUCAAGAUCAAUCGAGCGGAUCCCAAUGAAAGCCUCUCCAUUAGGCUUGUGGGAGGCAAUGAAACCCCGCUGGUCCAUAUCAUUAUCCAGCACAUUUAUCGUGAUGGGGUGAUUGCCAGAGACGGCCGGCUACUGCCAGGAGACAUCAUCCUAAAGGUCAACGGGAUGGACAUCGGCAACGUACGGCACAACUACGCCCUGCACCUCCUGAGGCAGCCCUGCCAGGUGCUGUGGCUGACGGUGCUGCGGGAGCAGAAAUUCCGGGGCAGGACUGAUGGGCAGCCCCUGGACACCUACGGGCCCCGGGAUGACAGUUUCCAUGUGAUCCUCAACAAAAGCAGCCCGGAGGAGCAGCUUGGAAUAAAACUGGUGCGCAAGGUGGAUGAGCCUGGGGUGUUCAUUUCCAACGUUCUGGAUGGUGGCGUGGCAGGCCGACACGGUCAGCUGGAGGAGAAUGAUCGAGUGUUAGCCAUCAAUGGACGUGACCUUCGGUACGGCAGCCCGGAAAGUGCAGCGCAUCUGAUUCAGGCCAGUGAAAGGCGCGUUCACCUCGUCGUGUCCCGCCAGCUUCGGCAGCAGAGUCCUGACAUCUUUCAGGAAGCUGGCUGGAACAGCAGCGGCAGCCGGUCCCCAGGGCCAGGGGACAGGAGCAACACUCCCAAGCCCCUCCACCCUGCGGUCACUUGUCACGAGAAGGUGGUAAGUGUCCAAAAAGACCCCAGUGAAUCACUCGGCAUGACCGUUGCAGGGGGAGCAUCACAUAGGGAGUGGAAUUUGCCAAUCUAUGUCAUCAGUGUUGAGCCCGGAGGAGUCAUAAGCAGAGAUGGAAGAAUAAAAACAGGUGACGUUCUGUUGAAUGUGAACGGGAUUGAACUAACAGAGGUCAGCCGGAGCGAGGCGGUUGCUUUACUGAAAAGCACAUCCUCCUCGGUGGUACUUAAAGCUUUGGAAGUCAGAGAAUGUGAGCCCCAGGAAGAAGGCAGCAGCCCAGCAGCGCUGGACUUCAACCACAAAGACACGGCCCCACCUGGCAACCAGUCCCCGUCCUGGGUCAUGUGGCUGGAAUUACCACGGUACCUGUACAACUGUAAAGAUGUUAUACUGCGAAGAAACACAGCUGGAAGUCUGGGCUUCUGCAUUGUAGGAGGUUAUGAAGAAUACAAUGGGAACAAACCAUUUUUUAUCAAAUCCAUUGUUGAAGGAACACCAGCAUACAACGAUGGAAGAAUCAGAUGUGGUGAUAUUCUUCUUGCUGUCAAUGGCAGAAGUACAUCAGGAAUGAUACAUGCUUGCUUGGCAAGGAUGCUAAAAGAACUUAAAGGAAAAAUUACUCUCACCAUUGCUUCUUGGCCCGGCACUUUUUUAUAGAAUCAAUGAUGGGUCAUAGAAAAACAGGAAAUCACAAAUAAGCUAAGUUGAAACAAUGUAUUUAUCUUAUCAAUUUUUGUAUUUGAAGACUACAAUGUAAAAAUAUAAACUUUAAUGUCAGGAAAAGUAGGAUCUAAUGAAAAGCCAAUUACACCUCAGAAAAUAUAAUUCUCAAAAUAUAAACAUUACUAAUAGUUUUUAUUCAGUGUGGAGCAUUUCUCAUUACUCUAGAACUUUAAGUUUAUAUUUUUCUAUUCAAUAAAAAGCUCUUAAACAGCUGACAUGGUUUGUAUGCCCCCACUGAAUUCAAAUCAUACAGUUAAAUUAAAAUCUGGUAUAUGCUGAGGUCUGCAAAGGGUACAUUAUGGGCAUUUUAAAAACAAUUUCCAGACAGAGGAUUUUAAAAGUGCAUUGCUGAAAAAUGUUCAUCAAAUGAGAAAUAAAUAUUUUUCAAAAAUUA